GUAUCUUUGAGCCGAGAAUCAUUACCAGGCACCCAGCGAUCCUGAUCGAUUUCCAACAUUAUCUGGCCGGGCUAUGCGCCGGUCGAUCCCACGAUGACAAGGCUCCGCGGAGCUUCUUUUGAUGGCACCGCGCGGUCUGGCGGCAGCGAGCGAUCUCAGUACUGUCGGUCCAAGCUUCCGUCAAACGCGCCGGAAGUUAUUGUCGUGAACACCGUCGAAGUUACAGAUCCAUCUCGGGUUCUACCGUGGUAUCGGGAUGAGCGCCGGAGGCGAUUUAACGUACUGGUGCGAAGGUACAAGAACCAGCUGCUACAUGGAUGUGAUGAUCCAGGAUGCCGAACCCCAACCUGCGCCAGUCAACGUCGGAGAGUCAGCGAAGGCCCGUAUCGCCGCUACACAGAACUCAGCGCGCGAACUCUAGCCUGUUACCUCGCCAGCCAAGACGACGCAGAGAGCGGGCUGUGCUGCAAUAAUCCCCGGUACUCAUCCGAGAUGACGAUCCAUGAUUACCACCGUAUCUCUCUCCAGCGAUCUCGAGCAUUCCAAACGCAUGCUACCGCUACCACUGCCCUGGGAGAUCAUCAUGGCUCUCCAGCUGCACAAGACCAAGCAGACGAAGCACGAGCAGAUACUUUUGAGGAAGGAGGAACAUCAAAUAUAACAGGCGAAGUCGCUGGACCGACAUUCAACGUCAUGCACCCAAGUACCUUUAAUUUUGAAGACCUUGACCUCGCCGCUGAACAACCACUCAAAGAUCCGAAAUCCUUUACCCAAAAUCUAUUUGAUACAUUGUCCUUGCGCAUGGUAGAAUGGCUUCCACUACGACGCACAACGGAGAAUUCACACAUACCCAGAAGCAAAGCAAAUAUUCACCAUGAAAUCAAUGAGAGGCCGAACUACCACAAAGCACAAACCAAAGAAGCAGAUAAACCGAAAUCAGACACCACCCAAACCACUCCUAUGCAUGCAAGACACCCUCCACCGCGCACGCCUUCGUCCCGACCUUCCGGAACGCAGUCCUCGGCCGUGGAGCUCACCUUUCAGAACCAACAUGUCAAGCGGCUGUCGAUUCCUGAAGUGGAUAACUGGCGGCAGUCAACCCGAUCCAGCAUUGAUGAUAAGAAGCGACCAGAGUACAAAGGCCAUAAACUGACCAUGAAUGCGCAUCUCCCUUCGGGUGAGUUUGCCACCAUGCCUUCACCGCCGGCCUUGAAACACCGCCCUCAGAAACACCGAGGGAGGACGGGGGAUGUGGAUGAAGCACGGUGCAAAGAUCGUGUCAAGAAUCAGCGUCGCGUAUCUUGGGACAGCGAGAAGCUAUUGACGGAAGCAGCCAUUGACGAGAGCCCCGAACAUACCCAACCACCGCCUCAGGCGGAGGUGGAUAUCGACACUCCAACAAACCGCAAACCAAAGUUGAGUUCCAUGCGUCGCACGGCAAGUGUGGCCCCGCUGGCUCAGACCAUCUCCCAUUUUACCCCAGAGAUCAUCGAUGGCCUCAGUCAAGUCAUGAUUCCUUCCGAGGAAGACGCAGAGACUUGGCGAGAGGAGCUUGAUCGCAUACAGUCUAUGGGAAGCUUCGACAAUCCUGACUGGAUGCUUGCAACGCCUCGCCAGCGUCAGGUCUUUCCAUUUGUCGCACAGAGCGCGUAUUUUAUCUUUAGCAGUACCGGGCAGAUUCUACGAUCCUUCGGGAGAGAUGCUCCGGAGCUGGACCUAACUGCCAACAAGAUGAAUAAGCGCUUGGAUGUUUCAAAGCUUCAAGGGUCUUUGCAGCGCCUUUUUACUAUCUGCCCAUGGGAUAUUGCCUUGCAUAGUUUAUGGAGUUCGCUGGACAAACUUUUUGUGCCGCCGGACGAGGUUACCUCCUCUGGUCGACCUUCUCGUCGUUCAUCUCGGAGCUCUACAAUGACCAGUUCUGCUCCUCCUGUGGUGCGGCGACUUUCAGAGUCAGCCAGCAAUGAUCACUUGUCUGACGCAGAUGCCGCUUAUAUCGCCACUAUCGCCUUCUUUGUCUUGGUCAGCUCAGUCCCUGAUCUCGAUGUUAAGACGUGGCGUGGUAUCUUGCGGAUGCGGGCAGCUGGAACUGUCGCCUCUUCCGCUGAUAUGCAGAAGCUGUCUCCCGAGCAUGCCCAACAAGCUGUGGAAGCCACCGACCGACUUGAACAUGAAUUAGGCCUCCGCUUGAUCAAUCGUCUUGUCCGUGCCCUCGCCGCUAGGCUUGCCUAUCAUGAGAUAUCCAAAGCUCGCCAAGUGUACAGCCUCGAUCUACCCAAGCAACGGAAAGUCAAUGUUCUGGAUCGCAUCAUGGACCAUCUCAGUGAGCAACACCCUCAAAAAUCCUCGGAGACCGAUAGUGCACCUUCUCAGUCCACUGGGCCGAUCCCUCUCAUUCUUGAGUGGCUCCGAACGCUCUUUCUACGCGAAUGGGAUGGUAACCCGGAGAUGGCCCGUAGCAGUGCUGCUGGUGGCGCUGUGCAGAUCUUGGCUCUGAUGUACAAGGAACGCAAUCGGUUGGGUCUUUCUCCCGAAGACUUUCACACACCUAUCCUCGCUGAGCGGCUGGACCCUCUCGAGAUGCCCGUUGCCUGGUUGGGGAACCUCUCAAACAACCGCACUAUGCACCUCCUCUCCUAUCCAUUCCUCUUCCCUCCGUCGUCCCUGGUCAUCUAUUUCAGAGCUCUCAAUUACUCGGCCAUGUCUAAAUAUUACGAGGCUGCCAUGACCACCACUCGACAUGUCACACAGACUGCCUUUAGCAGUAUCUCGAUUGCAGAUGAUGCCACGCUGCUAGCUCGCAUGAAGAUCUCCAUGUCCACAUAUUUGGUCCUGGUGGUUCGGCGAGACAGUGUCUUGACUGAUGCUCUCAAUCAGCUCUGGCGGCGAGAAAAACGUGAGCUGAUGCGCCCACUCAAGGUUCAGAUGGGCAUGGAUGAGGGCGAGGAAGGGUUGGAUCACGGUGGUGUCCAACAAGAGUUCUUCCGUGUGCUCAUGGGUGAAGCUCUAGAUCCAUCCUACGGCAUGUUUACGAUGGAUAGCCGACAUCGUAUUUCUUGGUUCCAGCCCUGCUCAUGGGAACCGGUUUACAAGUUUGAGCUUCUUGGGUUGCUGAUGUCUAUAGCCGUGUACAAUGGCCUGACGCUUCCCAUCAACUUCCCAGUGGCAUUCUACCGCAAGCUAUUGGGACUCAAAGUGAAGCACCUCGAACAUAUCCGUGACGGCUGGCCCGAACUCACUCAGGGUUUGGACUCGCUUCUUACCUGGACGGAUGGUGAUGUGGGUGAUGUCUUCAUGCGCACGUACGAAUUCAGUUAUGCGUCCGCGGGCAGCGUGGAGACAGUUGACAUGCAAAAUAUUGGCCGUGACGAAGUAUGGCCGGGAUCGAAAGCGCCGAGUGCGGAUGCAGACGUCGCGUGGUCCAACUCUUCUCAACGCUUUGACCCAGAAACCGUUCGCCCGUCAUCUUCAAUGGCAGCAGAGGCGUCCAAUCGCACCUCUAUCCCCUCUUCAACUCCAACAGUCGAAGCGCCUCUCGUGACCAACCAGAAUCGAGCACAAUUCGUUAAGGAUUACAUCUUCUGGCUCACGGACAAAUCCAUUCGGCCGCAAUUCGAGGCAUUCCUUCGAGGCUUCCACACCUGCCUCGAUCGUUCCGCGCUGUCAAUCUUCACACCGGAGGCACUCAAGACUGUCGUAGAAGGAUUUCCAGAAAUCGAUGCGACGGAACUUGAGCACCAUGCUCGGUAUGAAGGUGGAUUCACUCCUCACCACCGAGUCAUUCGGGACUUCUGGAGCGUGGUCCGAGAUUAUUCCGCCGAGAAGAAGGCGCAGCUCUUGGAGUUCGUCACCGCUAGUGACCGAGUUCCCGUCAACGGUAUCUCGAGCAUCAUGUUCGUGAUCCAGAAGAAUGGCGUUGGAGAUUUGCGCCUUCCGACCAGUCUGACCUGCUUCGGUCGUCUGCUGCUGCCCGAGUAUUCUUCGAAGAAGGCCCUGGAGGAGAAGAUGGACAAGGCACUGGAAAAUGCCCGGGGAUUCGGUGUUGCAUAAGAGCGUUUUUCUUGAUUCUGAUCAACCAAGUUGAUCUACACAUACCCAUUUUCCCUGUUCUAUAGUUUUACAAAUGAACAAAAGCUGGAUCUUGAAGGAUGCUAUGGUUGCAGAUUUCCUAAUCAUAAGGCGCAAAAUGUAUAACAACACCAACAACCAGAACUG